ACCUUGUCACCCAGUUUCCGAGGGAAAGGGAAGGGCGCGUUUAUUCAUGCCAGCGGAGGUCGCCCAAUGGUGACGAGAGCCUCCGUCUGAGACCCACCGAUCUCUCCCCCACUGCGGGCCAAGGCCGAGGCUGGAGGGUCUUCCCCGGGAGGCUAGUUUGGCUGCACUGGCCAGCCAGGAACCACAGCGCGCAGACCCGGCCUACCUCGCCAGCCCCGCUGGCAGUCUGUUACACCAGCUGCUGUGGGGGGCUGAAGCCCUUCCCCUCCAGCAGCGGCCUGGGUUGGUUCGGCCGGCGCCUGCCUUCGGAGGUGACCUCUCCGGAACGGCCCUUGGAGCCCGGCUUGUCCUCUCGGCAUUCGGGCCGAGGUUCCCAGCCCCCUGGCCUUGGUCGCAGCCGGUCGGCGGCCCCGGGGCAGGCUGGGAAAUUCCCAGCCGCGCGGUGCACCCCGGGAGGCGCCGAGGUGAUGCGCCCUGAAGGAGAGCGAGGCCGAGCGCCACAGCGACGUAUCCUAGUCCCAAAGCAGCCGGGCAUCCAGCGUGAACCCCCACAUCAUUAA